GAAACCUAGAAGACAGCAGUUAUUACCCCCAAAGUCGCCCGCUCUUCUAUCUUUGUCCCGCACCCUGCCUCUCGCCCUUCUUCUUGCUCUGUAUCUUCACCUACGGCACUCUGAGUUGCUAUCUCACACAUUCUCAGUUCCCACAAAUCACAACUUACACAAUCCAGAGAGUUUUCUUUCUUCGACUUCGUGUGAAUUUUCGAGCUCCUUUGGACUCUCCAGUUCCAUAGGUGAAGCUCAGCCAAAAAGAAUUGCCGUGUUCAGAGAUUUUGUACCCUUUCGUGGACUCUUUAGCUUUUCGUUUCGUGGAAAGUUUGACAAGUGAAUUCCUAUACUGGAGAGCUGCGUUAAGGAUUGAGCAAUUUUGAUUUUGGACGUGAGGAGCUGAGGGUUUCAGAGCAGUUUUUCAUUGAAGUUGUGCUAUGGAAGCCGCCAUUCUCAGCUCUUGCACACCGCUUUCCACAACGGCGGACCUCUGGAUUCGAGGAAAGUUUGCCGGAUGUAAUCUCCAUUUCUAUAAUUUGCCAUUGAACAGAACACACCUUCCUCUCAAGUUAAAAUUUUCUGAAUCGAGUAGAAGGCACUUUUCUUCACGAAAGGAUCUGAUAUUGUCUAAUGGUAAGAAAGGAUUAUCCAGCUAUUUCACCCAUCAACUUGCAAGUGGCUAUACAAGUAUCAGGGCAUCAUCUGGAGAAACGCUGCAUUAUAGACAAUCUUCACCAGUAAGUGAAGAUGAGGGAGUGUCACCAACAUCGACAGAUGCCAAUGACUUUGUAUCCUUGCAGCCUAAGCAGAAGAAAUUCAGAAAUAGAUUUUUGAACUUUGUAAGACUGGGUUCCGUCAUUGAUAAUGCUGCCGAGUCUUUUUUCAAGAGUGAGAUACGGAGAAGGCUGUUUGUGACUGCCAUUUUAAUUGUCAUCAGUCGUAUAGGAUAUUUCAUUCCUCUUCCAGGAUUUGACAGGAGGUUGAUUCCAGAAGACUAUCUCAGCUUUGUCUCGGGAUCUGUUAAUGAACUUGGUGAUUCCACUCCCGAACUGAAACUCUCCCUUUUCCAACUUGGGGUCAGUCCUCAGAUAGCAGCAUCAAUUCUUAUGCAGGUACUAUGUCAUGUUCUUCCUUCUUUGGUAAAGCUGAGAAAAGAGGGCUUAGAUGGGCAUGAAAAGAUCAAGAGUUAUAUAUGGUGGAUCUCGCUUGGUUUUGCAAUUUUGGAGGCUCUUAUUCUCUCUUGUUACUCACUUCCAUAUUCGAUAUAUGCUGCCAGUCAUAGGGUUAAGCAUGUGUUGAUGACUUCAUUCCUUUUAGUUUCUGGUGCAAUGACUAUGUCAUGGAUCUGUGACACAAUAACAGAGUCUGGAUUUGGUCAAGGAUCGACUUUGAUUAUUUGUGUGGGUAUUCUCACCGGCUACACAGAUACAUUGCAGAAAAUGUUAACUCAAAUAGCAGGGAGUAGCGGGAGCUGGUGGCCUUAUGUACUUGCUGUGCUAGGUGUUUUUACUGUUGUUACAAUGUGGGCCGUCGUUGUGAGUGAAGGUUGCCGGAAAGUUAAGCUGCAAUAUUACGGUUUUAAAGUUGCUUCUGCUGCAAGAGAAGAUUCUCCAGUUCCGGAGGUGGAGCCCUAUAUACCAUUCAACAUAAAUCCAGCAGGAAUGCAGCCUAUCCUUGUUACCUCCUAUCUGUUGGCACUUCCCAACAUCCUUGCAAGUCUUCUUGGUUCAAGGUUUUGGGAACACAUCAGAGACAUUUUGAAUCCUGACACUUCUCUUGGGGCAGAUCCGUGGGUUUACUAUGCAGUUUAUGCUUUCUUUGUCUUCCUCUUCAACAUAUUUGACAUUGCCAACAUGCCAAAAGAAAUUGCUGAUUACUUAAACAAGAUAGCUGCUAGAAUUCCAAGUAUAAAGCCUGGAAAAGCCACAAUUGAAUAUCUGACAAAGAUCCAAGCUUCAACACGGUUCUGGGGUGGUCUGCUAUUAAGUGUUUUGGCCACCACAUCCACCAUUCUGGACCAUAAUUUGCGUCAUAUCAAUGAAGGAUAUGCAAUAGGAUUGACAUCAGUGCUAAUAAUUGUGGGUUCAAUCAUUGAGUUGAGAAGAUCUUAUCAAGCAUAUAAUGUAAUGCCAAGUCUAAGUAUGGCUUUGAAGCGGUAUGGGGUAUGAGAUUGGAGGGUGGCUCUAUUCAAGUAAAAUGGGAUUCAAUUCUUGCUUGCAUCAUUGGUGCUGAGAAUAUUUUGCAGAGUCUAGGAUCUUCUUGAGUGAAAUCUUAACUACUGAUCAACUUUUGAAAUUUGGAAGAUCAAAGAUGUCUCGGUCUGUCAACUCCUCCGUGUCAGACACAAUUUCCAUAUGUAGCAAGUAAAAUGUAGCCCAUCCUUUGGCCGAAAGAUAAAGGAUUAGCACGUGACCAGGACUAGCUUGAGCUGCAAAUAACUGAAAUUAAACAAAGAAAAGAGUGAUGGGGAGAGGUUUAUCAAUUUAUUCUGGAAGCAUUAUUUGGCUUUCUUACCUUCCAAUGUUGACACAAACUAAUGAACUUCUAUCUGAGCAUUAAUAGAGUUCAAGAUACCCGCAGAAUAUUUGUGCUCACAAUUGUAUAUAAUUACAUUUUUUAUAUGUUCUAGAUGGCCAAAAUAUGGCAAGAAGCAAGUCUAUUCUUCUCUUGGCAAGCAAAAGAUGAUGUAAUUUUGCUUUAAUUUUGAGGGGUAUGUUUAAAAUGUUCUUUUGUUGGCUGAAAGGUGUGUGCAUCAGAGUGUAAAAUGUUUAACUACAGUUGCUCCUUGUAAUUUGGCUGUACAAACAUUAAUCAGCUUUCACGUUUGUGAAAUUGGGUAAAUCUGUAUGCAAAUGGUCCUUUCUAUUUAA